AGCAAAUCAAGGAGACUUGCCCCAGCUGUAGUUGGUGGGCAUUCUGCGUACCUGCGACGCCGGGCGCCGUUCUACAGCGCAGUUAUCACAUCUGAGUGCCUGCGAGUGCCCGCUGCGUGAAACCGCCGCCGCACCUCGAGCGCAUCACAUUACUGCAGCCGCGUGCGUGAAGAACGCACGCGCGAGACGCCAUCGCCGCGACCACAAUACAAAAAUGCGCGUCGCGCUGCUCUGCUGCGCCGCGGCGGCCGAGGCCCUCACGGCCAAUAGUGGAGGUGCCGACUGGCGCUACUUCGCGGCGGGCGGCGUGUCCGCGGCCAUCUCCCACGGGUAUACGACGCCGUUAGAUGUCAUUAAAACGAGGAUGCAGACGAACCCGGAGUUGUACAAGGGCGACGUGUUUUUUGCGCUGAAGGAGAUCAUCGACGAGGAAGGCUUCGACUUCCUCCUACAAGGUUUGGUCCCUACCUGUUUAGGCUAUGGGCUCGAAGGGGCUUUAAAGUUCGGGUGCUACGAGCUGUGCAAGCCGCUGUUCGGCGAGCUGACUCCAAGUCCUUUCGCGAAUGCUAUCCUGGCGUCGUGUGUGGCCGGCGGCGUCGCCGCGUUGGUAUUGUGCCCGCCGGAGGACGUGCGGAUACGCAUGGUCUCGGACCCGGACUACGCCGACAACGCCGUCGACGGCUUCAAGAAAAGAAUCAAGGAGGACGGGCCCCUCGCGUCUUUUGCCGCAGCGCCGGCCAUGACCGCAAAACAGGUCCCCUACACCAUGGGCAAGCAGGUUUCGUUUGACUACUUCUGCACCAUCGCCCACGGUUUUCUGGUCGCGGUGUGCAGUGCCGAGGUGCUCGAGCGCGUCGACGGCCUGACGCCCGUCUUAGCCGCUUUACCGGCCGCGGUGCUGGCAUGUGUCCUGAGUCAUCCGGGCGACGCGGUCCUCACGCAGUUCUUCAAGGAGGGCCCGCAACCGGGCGGCGUCGCGGGGACGUUGCAGAAGAUCCGCAAGGAAGGAGCGCUCUUCCGGGGCCUGAAGGCUCGCCUGCUCCACGUCAUCGGCAUCAUCUGGGUGCAGCUCGUCAUCUACGACUACGUGAAGCAGUGGCUCGGGUUGCCGGCGACGGGGCACUAGUCGCGUCUUCUAUCUUUCGCCCUAUUAAAGUGAGAUUUGUGUC